AUGAAAUCCCAACUGUUUUUCUUUGAAGAACUUCUAAUAGAAAUCUUGUCAUGGCUUCCUGUGAAAUCUAUCAUAAAAUUCAGGUGUGUGUCGAAAACAUGGAAGUCUCUCAUCUCUGAUUCUCAAUUCGUAAAACUGCACCUUCAACGGUCAUCUUCUAGAAACACAGAUUUCUCCCAAGCCUACUUACUGAUAAGAAGUUUCGAAUUACAUAAUGAAAUUUUGGAUCAAGAAUACGUCACAUAUCCCUCUAUAAGUUCACUAUUGGAAAGGCAUCCAACCAGGGUAGCAAUCCGAAGUCGUCUCCACGAUCACCAUUUCAUUGGAAGCUGCAAUGGCUUGAUUUCUUUGGAAAAAGCAGAUUGCACAACUGAAAAAUAUUCCUCCCAAGUGUGUUUCUGGAACCCAGCUACAAGGUCAAAGUCUCAACAUUCACCACCUUUAUAUGAUCAUGAAAGUAGUGGAUUUGGGUUUGGUUAUGAUUGUUUGAGUGAUACUUACAAAGUGGUGGCAGCAAUGCUCUUUGAGAAGACAAUGGUAAAUGUUUAUAACAUGGGUGAUAGGCGCUGGAGAAGAAUCCAAGUUUCCCCUUUUCCUUCUUUACAUCUCGAAAGAGGAGUUGCGGUUUAUGUGAGUAACACCCUUAAUUGGUUAGCAACUAUACCGGCAGAUAUAAUGCAAGAGAACCUUGGUAUUGAUAUGUACACAAUUGUUUCGUUUGAUUUGGGGAAAGAAGAGUUGAUACAAUUGCCAUUACCUUAUUCUCCUCGGCGAAUAUAUGAAUUCCAAUAUUUUGAGCCAAUUCUUGGAGUUUUGAGAGGUUCCCUAAGCAUUUCUCAGAAUGACAGUAAAACACAUAAUUUUGUGCUUUGGCAAAUGAAGGAGUUUGGAGUUCACAAGUCUUGGACUAAGUUGUUUAGCAUUAUUGUCAGCGAAAAAAUUAUAUACAGGCCCUGUUUUGCAAUUUGCAUGGAUGAGAAUGGUGAUGCCUUAUUGUUCACAAAAUAUGGUAUCUCCCAACUAGCUCUCUAUACUAAGAAAGAACAUAAAUUAGAAGGCUUAAAGGUUUCUAACCGGUACUGGGGCCGUCAUGUCAAUAAUUAUACUGAAAGUUUGAUUUCACCUUAUUAA